UCUACCAGUCUCUGUUCCAUCCCCCCGCCACGCGAAAAAAGCGAACAGCUUGUCCUCGUUCAUGGAGUCGUUAAUGUCCAGCUUCGACUCGACGUCAAACCCUAAUUAACUUCCCCGAGACACACCAACCCUCAGCUGCUUUUCUUGCUCGUCGUCUGGUUUUCCGACAAAUAGGGACGGGCGAUUCUCUCCGGAGUGGCCGCCUUGUCAGAUCUGCUGAAGCAAAGUCCCGCCCUUUCCGGGUGCCCUAGCGAUGAUUUUUUCCAGGAUUGGCCGUUCGCUGUCGAGAUCUUCCCGCUCGAGGAAUGCAUUGUGCCGUGGUGGCGGACGAUCGGGUGGUCUGUUGAGUGGCGCGUCAUUGGAAACGCCGCGCUUGGAUGGCGGGCUAGGCGGAUUGGAUGGAAAGUUAGGGUUUUUUAGGGAAUACUUAGCUUCUGCUGGGGUUCUCAAGGGGUUUUCUGCUAAAUCUUAUUUGUCCGAUCUAAACUACGUUCUUGCUAAUCCCAGAGUCCACCGGUUUUUCUCCAGCGAAGCCCCGAAAAAGAAGAAUUAUGAGAACUUCUAUCCAAAGGGGAGGAAGGAAAUCCCAAAAGGAAAUGACCAAAAAUCAGAGUCCAAAGGGGAUUCGAAUGCAGACGACAAUCAGGAUACUUUCAUGAAGCAGUUCCAGAAUUUGAUCACGCCCUUGGUAGUGAUUGGACUGUUCCUUUCCUCCUUUUCUUUUGGUCCUCGUGAACAACAGCAGAUUAGCUUUCAAGAGUUCAAAAACAAGCUUCUGGAACCAGGCUUGGUGGACCAUAUAGUUAUUUCUAACAAAUCUGUGGCAAAAGUGUAUGUAAGAAAUUCACCACCAAAUCAAACAAUCGAUGAGGUCAGCGAAGGACCCAAGAGUGGCAAUGUUGCAAGAGGACAUGGAGGUCAGUAUAAGUACUACUUCAAUAUCGGAAGUGUUGAAUCUUUUGAAGAGAAAUUGGAGGAAGCUCAAGAAGCAUUAGGCGUUGACCCCCAUGAUUAUGUUCCUGUUACUUAUGUCUCUGAGAUGCUUUGGUACCAAGAGAUAUUGAGAUUUGCACCGACUCUUCUGCUUUUGGGAUCCCUCUUGUACAUGGGACGGAGAAUGCAAGGUGGCCUAGGUGUUGGUGGCAGUAGUGGGAGGGGUGCUCGGGGUAUAUUUAACAUUGGAAAGGCUCAUGUUACUAAAGUGGAUAAAAAUGCCAAGAACAAGGUAUUCUUUAAAGACGUCGCUGGCUGUGAUGAAGCGAAGCAAGAAAUUAUGGAGUUUGUGCAUUUUCUCAAGAAUCCGAAGAAAUAUGAAGAAUUGGGAGCAAAGAUUCCGAAAGGUGCUCUUCUUGUUGGUCCUCCAGGUACAGGGAAGACUCUUUUAGCAAAAGCAACUGCUGGAGAGUCUGGUGUGCCGUUCCUAUCUAUAUCAGGUUCCGAUUUCAUGGAGAUGUUUGUUGGUGUUGGGCCUUCAAGAGUGAGAAACUUAUUUCAAGAAGCAAGACAGUGUGCUCCCAGCAUAAUAUUUAUUGAUGAAAUUGAUGCAAUUGGUCGAGCGAGAGGACGUGGAGGUUUUUCUGGUGCCAAUGAUGAGCGUGAGAGCACACUUAACCAGUUGCUCGUAGAAAUGGACGGCUUUGGUACCACCUCGGGGAUAGUCGUGCUUGCUGGCACUAACAGGCCUGACAUCUUAGACAAAGCCUUGUUGAGGCCUGGUCGAUUCGAUAGGCAAAUCUCCAUCGAUAAACCUGAUAUCAAAGGCCGUGAACAAAUAUUCCAGAUAUACCUGAAAAAGAUUAAGCUUGAUCAUGAACCUUUGUAUUAUUCACAAAGGCUUGCAGCCCUUACACCUGGAUUUGCUGGUGCGGACAUAGCUAACGUUUGUAAUGAAGCUGCUCUCAUUGCUGCCAGGAACGAGUCAACUGAGGUCACCAUGGAACAUUUUGAGGCAGCUAUAGAUAGGAUUAUAGGUGGUUUGGAGAAGAAGAACAGGGUGAUAAGCAAACUAGAACGUCGCACCGUUGCGUAUCAUGAGUCAGGUCAUGCUGUGGCUGGUUGGUUCUUGGAGCAUACGGAGCCUUUACUGAAAGUGACAAUAGUCCCUCGUGGCACAGCUGCUCUAGGAUUUGCCCAAUAUGUGCCUAAUGAGAAUCUCCUCAUGACCAAGGAACAGCUUUUCGACAUGACAUGUAUGACCCUUGGCGGACGAGCAGCCGAACAGGUUUUGUUGGGUAAAAUAUCAACGGGAGCUCAAAAUGACUUGGAGAAGGUGACGAAAAUGACCUAUGCCCAGGUAGCAAUAUAUGGCUUUAGCGACAAAGUGGGACUCCUCUCUUUUCCUCAAAGAGAGGAUGGAUUUGAGAUGACCAAGCCCUACAGCAGCAAGACUGCUGCAAUUAUUGAUGGCGAGGUGCGUGAGUGGGUAAAUAAGGCAUAUGAGCGUACGGUGGAGUUAAUAACGGAGCACAAAGAGCAUGUUGCUCAGAUCGCUGAGCUGUUGCUCGAAAAGGAGGUUCUUCAUCAGGACGAUUUGCUCCGUGUUUUAGGUGAGCGACCAUUUAAGUCGAGUGAGAUGACCAAUUAUGACAUAUAUAAGCUAGGGUUUCAAGUGGAAGAGAAGAGUGCAGAGACUCCGGAGACUGGUGCAGUGGAGGACGACGAAUCGCCUCCUCCUUUGGAUCCACAGGUAGUCCCGACUUAGUUCUCAGGAAUUCUAGCUGAGACUUUUUUUGUAAAUGAUCUGGAUUGUUUCCCGAAGUCUUUGCCGGAGCCCAAAAAAAAGAAGCUGUACAUUGCAUUACAGUGUUCUAUAUUUAUCUUCUGAAAUAAUUCCGAGAGAAAUCUGAGAUUGCAGUUCCAUAUUGUUGUGGUA